AUGAAGAGAGUACCAUGCGGCGAUGUCCACCUCCUCCACUUCGCUGCCGGAUGCUGGCUGCGUAAAAAGGUCGCCCUACAGGAGCUUUCCAGUCUCCGAGAAGCGUCUGGCUCAACUGUACUCUUCGUGAACACGAAAGAUAGCCAAGUACCAAUAGACAGUCGCCUUCGCGAAGCUCUUGCCACAAGUUUUGGCGUCCCGGCCUGGUUUUGGACCAAGAAAUCACAGGAGGCGAGCGGUUACUGGUAUUACAAUAAUAGCUCUGACAACACCGCUGGAAAUUCCGCACCGCGCCCUCGCCACAUCUCCGUCUUUCGCUUCAUCAUCAAAUACUCUACUGGUGCUCCUUGGGCAGCACAUGAGCCCGGACGGGCAGACUCCUACGAUUGGCAUCGCAUGAGUUUCGUGACACUAUACCGUCCCUCGACGUCCACCGCCACACUCCUUUGUAUCGAUGUGCCUGCUGCUUUGGAGAAGAACAUUCAACAAGCUCUGAUGGACAUGAAUUCGAACGAUGUGCUUCUAUCACACCCCUUUGCAUACCACGAGCUUAUCCUCGAGCAUGUCGUUGACAUUUACGAUCAAGCAAUAUGGGCCUUUCGAGACUACGUUCGAAACCAUGAAAAACAUCGCCCAUUACUCCCGAACCCACGUCCCGAUUACGUCGGUAUGCAUGAACUGGCUCGACAUGUUAUGCACUCUUCCGAGGUAUCAGCUACGGCACUUAAUGUAAUCGAGAGUAUGCUCGACUCGCUUUCGACAUACAGACACCACUCGACGGCAGGUUUCUUAGACCCGGCUCCCGAGAUUCGACGACAAAAGUCUUUGCUCCAAUGCAUGAAUCUACGCUCCAAAGCACUGGAAGAGCGUCUGCGCAACGAAAUCAAUUUGGCGUUUCACAUCAGCGCACAGGCAGACAGUCUGAUCGCGGCGAAGAUAGCACACGCAGCGCAAGUGGACAGCAGUGCGAUGAAGACCCUAUCAUUCCUUGGCUUGGUAUUCCUCCCAGGCACAUUCAUCAGUGCACUUUUCUCCAUGUCAUUUUUCAACUUCACGCCUGCUACAGAGGACCGACCCGAAGCAUGGCGAAUCUCGAAUCGUUUCUGGAUCUACUUCGUCGUUACCGUACCAGUCACGAUGUUCACCGUUGGAGCUUGGGCUUACUGGCAGAGAAAUGUGCUGGCGAGGCUGCAGAAGUCGCCUCUACGCGACGCCGGCGCCGAAGAGCAAGAGAAACCUGGCUCAAUGAAGUAUCCAGUAGUGUGA